CGUGAGUUUAAGGAGGAGUCAUUUGAAUGGCGACAGCUACACUGCCGUUCGCUUUGUUAUUUUUCUUACCUACAUAGUUUUUCCCACGACUGGAAGUAUAGUUUGCAGUUUCCUUGGGUCUCGCUGUGACUGGCUAACUUGACAGUAGAGGGGGUCGAUUCGAAAGAGAGCGAGGGGUCUGUGUGUGGAGCAUCCCGCUGGGUGCACGGCGCGUCAUGGACGCGGUGAAGGAGGGUCACAAGAGCACCCUAAGCUCGGGCAAAAUGGUGGCUCUGGCUGCGGGGCUCUCUGUCGGGGCCACGGUGGGCUACAUUGUCUACCGCCACAUCACCAGCACCAACAACAGUGAGGGGCCCAACGUUGAGUUGUCCAAGAUGACACUUCCUGUAGAAGUGUACAGGAACAUAUCCAGGUACCAAGCCACGUUUUUGGACAUGGUGACCCAGAAGUCUGGAGCUCAUGUCAGGGUUUUGUCAGAUUCAGGGGAGCCUGGAUGUAAGACGGCUGUGUGUUUCCUGCUGCAGGGCUCUAAAGAGCAGGUCCUGCUGGCCCGUUGCAUCCUGGAGAACCUGGUCACUGACUGUGAACCAGUGACAGAGGCUUUGGAGGUUCCUCAGACCGCGUUUGGACGUAUAAUAGGGCGCGGUGGAGAGAAUUUGAAACUGAUCACCAGGACCACAGGAGCCAAAGUGGCUUGUUCCAAAGAGAAGACACAGGGUCCGGGUGCAAAGGGCAACGUUACAAUCGCAGGGUCCAGACAGGAGGUGAAACAGGCCAAGGAGCUGAUUCUAGAAAAAGUCAGAGAGGACAUGAUGGUGAGGACAAAGAUCUCACAAUCAUCUGCCCUGCGCCAGAAGCGUGGCCAGACAGCCAUGAAUCAGAGACCAGACAGCACAGAGACAGAAGCACCACUGGGCUUGAAUAACAAUGGUCCCUACUGCCAGGCAGAGAAGAAGGGGCUUGUUCACGUCAACGGAACCACAGGAGAACCGGAAAAUAUUUUUGACAAGGUGGAGGAGCUGAAAAUCACCAACACAGACUGCAAAGAAGAAGAGGAGGAGGAGGAGAGCGUCUCUACAGACUCACUCUCUGAAGUUUCCAAGUUUGAAAUCCCCAGCCCUGACCUGAGCUUCCAGCCUGAUGAACAUCUUGAAGUUUAUGUUUCUGCGUCAGAGAACCCAAACCACUUCUGGAUCCAGAUCCUGGGGGUUCGCUCCCUCCAGCUGGACAAACUGACAGAGGAGAUGAACCGCUUCUACAACAGUGGCAGCCCCACUGAGCAGAGAGUGGAGACCAUUGUGGUGGGGGACAUUGUGGCUGCUCCAUACCGAGACCAUGGCUCUUGGAACAGGGCCAGGGUGCUGGGAGUCCUCAGCUCUGGACUGGUGGAUCUUUACUAUGUUGACUUUGGGGACAACGGGGAGCUGCCCAGAGACAGCCUCCGUCGUAUGAGGAGUGACUUCCUCAGUUUACCAUUCCAAGCUAUUGAGUGCAACCUAGCAGGAGUGAGACCAAAAGGAGAGGUGUGGACUGAGGCAGCCCUGGAUGAGUUUGAGCGGCUGACACAUUGUGCUUCCUGGAGACCCCUGCAGGCCAAACUCUGCAGCUACUCUCACUCUGAGAUCUCCUCCUGGCCCAGUGUCAAGCUCUACGACAACACUGAGGGCAAGACUGUAGAUAUAGGAGAGGAGCUCAUAAGGCUGGGCCUUGCUGUCAGCUUCCAGGAAGUGGUGAACGGCAGGACUGAGGGUGACAAUCUUGGCUGUCUGCAGAGGAUGCUGGAUGACGUGAUAGGAGCAUCCUCAGAGCUAAGUCUGUCCUGUAUCAGCUUAUCAGAAGCUGCCUCUAUCUCAGGAAGCGUUGAUGAUGUCAUAGAAGACGACCUGCUCUUAGACCAAAAACAGCCAUAAAUAUCAAGCACUGACCAUCCAUCCACUCCUCAGCAUCAGUUCAAAUGAGAUGAAGAGAGUGUUUCCUUGUCUGACCCAAACUCAACCGCAUAACUCCUCAUCAUGAAGCCUUACCUUCUUGACAAACGUGCGACAGUUCUUCCAGAUAUAUUCACUUUACUGUUGUUACUUCAACGCAGAAGGAAUUCUUAUGUUUCGCCUUUAUGCUGUUUCGUUGUACCCAACGCUGCUUUGCUUUGACGUGUCGUUACUAUAUUUUGUGUUCAAGAAACGAAGCGAGGAACAAAGAACAGAGUUGCCAGUAUUAUUAUUGAAAAGCACUGUGAUGAGUCAGUGGAACUAGAAGGCAGCUGGUUUGCGGCUGAUAAUUUUCCCUCCACUUGUAUGUAUAUUAAGAUGUAAAGGCCUAUGUAUUGGGCUUCACAAGUUAUAUUUUGGAAAUUAAAAGAUACAGUAUUAUUGAA